CGUUUUAGAAACUAGAAAGCUUUAUUUCUUCAACAAAACAAGUGGACCACUGUAACUAAAGAGAAUGGGAGAGGCUACAAAGGUGUUCUUUACUCAUCGCGUGUCUGGCAGUCCUGAUGAUAACCCAAUGGAGAAAUGGUACGAUUGCAUCAGGGACACCCUCCAGACCUGCAGUGUUGAUGUGAGCUUGAAGAAAAAGAAGAAGAAGGCUGAUCGUGUUGGUUUGGCUGCUGAUCAAAUUUACUAUGGAGAGUUGGAAAGCCUUGGAUCUGCUAAUUGUCUUGUUGCUGAUGUGACCUAUCCAUCUCUUGGUGUUGGCUAUGAGAUCAGCUUUGCUCAAAACAAAGGCUACAAAGUUGUUUGUCUCUUCCAUAAGACAGAUGGCCGUGAUGUUGAUAAUCUUUCUCCAAUGAUCCGUGGUGCCACUGGUCCUGGUUUUUAUGUUGAGUCUUACGAGACUGAGGAAGAUCUGAAGAAGAUCCUUCAAUCUCACCUUGUCUGAAGAUAAACAAGAGAUCAAAAAGAAGGACACUGAGAAUCUACAAUAAUAUUAUUAUUAAUGCAUGCUAUAGAACAGAUUUCACAAAAAUUAUAAUAGUAUAUUACAUAUAGCUUGUUGAUGCUUAGCUCAGUUUAAAAGUAGCUAUAAAUCUUUUAAAUGCGUCAAA